AUGGGCAAUGGUAUUUGUCACAUUGGGGAAGUUAAUGGAUAAGAAAUAAAACGUUCCUAAAAUACAAGCUAAAUUAAUCAUGUUAUAGAACUUCCUAAUUCAUAUGCUUAAAGUCCAUCAAAACCAACAAUAGAAACAUAAAAUCCAAUAAUCAGUUUAAAUUAAGAUGAUUGUUACGAUAUCCUUUUAACAAGUUCUUUAGAUAUGAUUCAUUUAGAAUAAGAUGCAACAUCUUUAAAAAACUAUGAAUAUAAAGGCAAAAGUAAGAUAAUCACAUUAUAGCCAAUAUUGCCUGAAUCUAAAAAAGAUUAAUUGAAUUUAUAAAAUAUAGCUGAGCUGUAGCUUCCUAAUAGCUCAGCUUUUGAACCAAAGCCAAUUCUAAAAUUAUGUGAGUAAUCAAAGAUUAAUCAAAGCAAAAAAAAAGUAAGAUUUAAUGAUAAUGAUUGA